AUGGCGGCGCCCAGUGAUGAGCAAGUUGACGAAGAGAAAGUCAAAGUUAAGGACGAUUAUUAUGCAACUCUCAAUGUCUCGUCGACGGCCACCACAGAAGAGAUCGUUAAUGCGUUCCGUAAGUUGAGCAGGAUCUAUCACCCGGACAAACACAGAGAUCCGGCGAGUCAAGAUGAUGCCAAAACGAUAUUCAACAAGAUACGAUACGCACACGAUGUCCUCGUCGAUCCUCAACGUCGAGCCAUAUAUGAUACUCUGGGACCUGAGGGCUUGGAUACAUCAGGGUGGCAGGUCACCCUCAAGACCAAAACGCCGCAAGAGAUCAGGGAAGAAUAUGAGAGACUCGCCAAAGAACAAGCUGAGCGACAUCUCCGACAGAGGACGAACCCCACCGGGACGAUAUCCAUGGAAAUCGACGCCACAGACAUAUUCGACACCUACGAUGACGAUGAAGAAUACCCAGAAUUCGAAAGCACCAGUCCAUUCGAUUCUCUUCCCGAACUGGAGGUCGGUCGGAUGGUUGUGCGGCAGACGGUGGAAGCACCUCUGUCGACCACAGACUCGCUGAAGUUUUCGGGCUCCUUGGUGGCGCAAAAAGGUCGCGGCGAGGGGAGAAUCACAACGAUGUGGAGGCAUGUCUUCUCCAACACCAUUUGCACCGAAGUCGAACUCGGCUCCGACAGAGGACUCAGCGCGUCCGCAAAGCUCGUGAAGCCCAUCGAUGCAAAGCAUAUCAUCACCGGCCAGCUGGACUUGCAGCGGACUGCUCGGGGUUACAUGCCCGGACUCUCUGUCGUACUCACGCGGCAGUUGACUAGCAACAUUGUCGGCUAUCUGACAUGGCGCGAGGGACAUACCCAAAGUAUGACGGCGUCGUUUGUUUGGCGAUCGAGUAACUCUCAGGCAGCCUGUGACAUUCAGCUUGGCAUUCCGAACAGCUUCAUCGAGAUGAAAUACACGCAUCAAAUGUGGGAGCACACCAAGUUCGAUGUGUCCGGUCGGCUCGGCACUCUGAACAUGCAGUUCCUCUACGGAUGCCAGACCGAAAUUUCUAAGCACAACAAGGUGAACGCUCUCAUGAAAAUUAGUCAUCCGGAAGGUGUUACGCUCAAGCUCACGUUCAUGAGGGGCAACCAGACCUUCGCUUUCCCAAUCCAACUCUCCCAAGAGGUGCAUCCAGGAGCGAUCUUCUACGGAACUGUAGUUCCGAUGGUGGGAUACCUCAUCUUCAAGAAAUUCCUCGUGGAACCGUAUUAUGCCAGGCAGCGAAGAGAGGAGGCGGAGAAGAUUCGUGAGGCCAACAUGUCGAAAAUAGCGGAAUUGAGGAAGCAUGCAGAGGCCGCGACUGCCCUCAUGAAGCAGACGUACCAGCGUUGCUGUGAGGUUGAGGAGUCUCGGAACGGUCUCAUCAUCGUUUCCGCUAAAUACGGAAAGUCCGACGAGAUCGAUGGAAGAGAGGAAGACGCGAGCAGGGAAAUUAUCGAAGUGACAAUUCCGCUACAGAUUUUGGUGGUGAACUCCUGCCUCACGCUCAGUGAGACGUCGAAGGCUAAUCUUCUCGGUUUCUACGACCCGUGUCUCGGCGAAGAGAAAAGUCUUCGUAUUACCUACAAAUUCAGAGGUCUGCAAUACGAAGUCGUGAUCAAGGAUCUCGAGUCGCUUCGGAUCCCCCAAGAAAAGCAUCUCGUACGGCCGGCUUAGGAUCCAGGAACUGCGGAAGGCACAACAGAGCUAGAUUCUUCUCAUGGAUAAAAAUAACUUACCGACUCGGGUCGGUAGAGCGUUGAGAGAGUAUGAGGGCGUGUCUGCGUGGAUGAAUGAUGAAACGGGUGAUUCGUUAUGUGGAGACGGUCGUCAGAUAUGUGGUGUGGACUAUUUUGUGAAUGUUCGAUCAACGUGCCAGGCGAGUAGCUGCAAAUAACCACGAUUCCGGAUCCUCACCUGAUCUUCUGAUCGAGGCCCCGUAGUCACAUCGCACAUGCAACUCGACUUGACAGUUUGAAACACCGUCAAAAGAG